AUGGCCAUAAUCGCGACGAUCCUCGCGUACAAGAAGAACCAUGGCCUCAUGCGGCCGUGGCGGCAGCGGCAGCUCUCGCUCCUCAGCGACGGCUGGCUUAUCUGGGACAAGACGCAGAUCGGCGCCAACGGCAAGCGCAUGGAUCUCGUCGAGACAGAGAUUGGCCACGAGAUCGUCAAGUCCGGCGCGUUCUUUAGCUUUACCGUCAACUGGGACGGCGACGUGAGCUCGCUCGGCUUUCACACACAGGCCGAGGCCCACGAGUUUCGCAAUACGAUGCAAGAAAUCGCCGACGAGAACGCAGCUGGGCGGCGCGAGUGGACCGCUGCAUUCAAGCACGCGCUGGAAGAAACCAACGUCGACGCCCGGCGCAGGCUCGUGCUCCAGAUCAAGCCGCGGGACUGGAACAAAGAGUGGCAGUUCUGUCUGCGAUCCCAGGCCAGCGACGACUUUACGCUGCAGCUGCGCCGCAUGAAGCGCAUGUACGGCCUUUGGCUCCAAUUCAAUCAGUAUGCACUCAUGCUGGCCGACGCGAUCCAUCAUGCGGCCGACCAAUCGCCCUUUGUCUACCAGCGGACUUCGGGCACCCACCCGUGGUUCGACGACGAGUCGACGGAGCCCAAACUGACCAUCUAUACGUCAACGCCGCUCGUGCUGCUUUUCGCACGGGACCAUUGGAAGUGCUACCAGUCGCUCAAGCAGGACAUGCGCGUCUUUAGCUCCUUCAAGGAGCUCUACGACGUCUUUCGGACGAUCGCCAAUACGGCCGCAAGCCUCGGCGACGAGAAGCUGCGCGAAGUCGCCCAAAUCAAGUUUCCACUCACGGCCAGCUUGGAGAUUCGCGACAUGCGCGUGCUCGUCUGCGCGCAGCCGCUCGGGGACACGAACCCUAUGCGCUUGGGCAACGUGCACAUUCAAAACAUGCUCGCCAAUUUGCGCUUUACGCGGCCGACGCAGGUGCUGCAAGCGCUUCCGUACCGCGAACUGCCCCUCUUCUCGAGUAUUCACCGGAGCGCCGUCUCGGACGAUGUCUACCUCAUGCGCAUCUCGUCUCCGUACGCCGACGUGUUUCGCUCGGACAUUCGCCCGUACCAGUAUGCGGGCUGCCUCGUGCCACUGGAUGCGUCGGCGCCGAUCCAGGUGCUGACGCACGACGAGCUCUUGACGAUGAAGGAGACGCUGGACGCGAGCAAGAAAGGCCUCGUCCACUAUCUGAGUCUGAAAGGCAUCAAGAGCAAGUUUGAGACUCUGCCGUACCUCGACGUCGUGUACUUUGCGCGGGAAAUCAUGUCGACCGACGUCAACGCGCGCGCCACGCAGUUUGGCGCGACCAAGAUGUACGGCGACAUUGUGUUUACCUUUAACGCCGAGACGAGCCGGCUGCCGUUGCAUCUGAAGGAAGCCUUUGUCUUGAGCUUGGAUCCGGAAGCGCGGCGCUUUCUGAGUCUCCUCCAAGAACGCGACGUGGCCUCGAGCUCGGUCGAGCGCGUUGAAGUGCGCAUCAAGGAGCUUCUCGCCGCCCACAUUUAUCAGUUUGCGACGCGCCUCAUCACGCUUGGCGAUGGCACGACCAAAGACGCGCCGGUUCUGAACCACGUGCCGUCGUCGUCGUCGAGCAACGAGGAGGACGAGCCGUCGUCGUCGGGGUCGUUCAUUUACGUGGCCGAUACCAACCAUCUGCGCACGCUCAUGAAGGAAAGCGGCAUCAACAUGACCUUCUUGCCUGCGAUUCUUGGCUGCACCGGGUCGACCCAAGCCGGUGUCCAGCUGCUCGUGAUGACGGAGAUUGUCGCCCGCGUCGCCAAGCACCUUUUGCGCUUCAAGCUGCUGACGAAGCCCGAGAUGCAUCGCAGUGCUGUCGCCGUCGAGCUUGUCAACGCCAUCAUGCGCGGGCUCACAGAGCCCGACCCGGUCACGAGUCAGUUUUGGGGCGUCGACUUGCCGAUCUGGGUCUCGCUCGGUCCUUUCUCAGCUUCGGCCUACUUUGUCCCGACGAGCGCCUUGGACGCGACAAGAUACCACGCGACGCUGAAGCGCAACCCGGCGCCGCUCUUCAUGGCGCUCCUGCGCAACUUGCGCCUCAACGUGAGCCUCCGCGUCCUCGACCAUCUCCUUACCCACAGCAACGCCUUGCGGUUCUCGGAGCUCGAAGCCGACGACAUCAUUGGCUUUGAGAAGUGCAAGGUCGCAACAGAUUGGGCGAAUAUGGAGCGUGUCGACCUCUCGUCCUUCUCGCACCAGCUCAUGCAGCUCGAGUCGGUCUUCAAGACGUCCAUCAGCACGACGCGACCGACGACGGCGUUCCGUCCGCAAGGCGAGACCCUCCACAAGGGUGCUAUCAAGAGCAAGGGCGAGUGCUACCUGGACCUCUUCCGCAGUGUCGACGAGCGCGUUGCGGGUGCCAUGGAAGGCAUUAGCGACCACGUCGAAGAGUACUGUCUCGAGCGCAGCAUCCAUGCCAACCUCCGCUCGGCGAUGGCCGCGGCGCGGAACCGUGACGCGCGUCAAGUGCGCGCCAUCAUGACGGACGUGCGUCGCCAGAUCGACCAGCUCCCGUCCGUGUCGCUUCUGCCGAUUGGCUAUUUUCUCAGCUGCCUCUUUUUGGAGAUCUUCUUGUACGAAGAUGCUGGACAGCAGCACUGGAAGACGCUCUUGAGCCUCUACGUGCACGCGUGGAAGUGGCUGCGGGUCUUGUUUCGUCCGGCCAACACGUCGCACUUGCUUCUGAAUGCGUCCGGUCAUAUGCUCUUCCUUGUGCUCAUCAUCAAGCUCUCCAACGUCUUUCGCAGUCUCUCGCCGCGCGACGUGAGUCCCGAGCACAUGGCCCACGUGCAGAAAUCCAACGCGAUGCUGCAGCUGCUCAUGCAGACGCUACCGACGUCGACCGACGUCACGCGCCUCCUCUCGCCGCAGUUUUGGUUCAAGAAGAUCGACCGACACUUUCUCAAUCUCAACUCGAUGUUCAUGCCCAAGAGUCUCUUUGAGAAAGCGAUGGUGAUCCCGCGCACGGACGUCGCGUCGGCCAUGUGGGCCAUGAACGGGUCGGCCUUCCUCCAAGGCAACGUCAUGGGUCUUAGCCUCGACGUCGAGCAACGUCACAUGCAGCAGAACCAUGACGCGCCGCCGUCCGAGCCGCUGCCGUCGUUUGGCCCGCGCGUCGUCGACCUGACGAUGCUCCGGUUCCCGCCGCCCAUGGUCCACAGCAUCCGCUUCGUGUCGUGCGGCUAUCGGCACGCGGCGCUCAUCACGACGCAAGGAAGCCUCUAUACGUUCGGGUACGGUGAGUGCGGUCGGCUUGGCCACGGCGACGAAGAGCCCGUCGCGCAGCCCAAGCGCGUCGCCUUCUUCCAAGACAAAAUCGCGCUCCAUGCGUCCUGCGGCCGCGAGCACUCGAUGGUCGUCACGAACGACGGACAACUCUUUGGAUUCGGGUGGGGCGAAGCCGGCCGCCUCGGCACGGGCGAGUCGGGCAAAGCGCUUUUGCCGCAGCUCGUAGACCUCCCGCCGAUCGCCAAGGUAGGCUGCGGCCGAGAGCAUACGCUGGCCGUGGCACAAGACGGUGCUCUCUAUGCGUUCGGCGCGGGCUACAGCGGUCGCCUCGGCGUCGGCUCGGAGGACGACGGGCAUCUGCCGCAGCGCUGUGCCUUGGACGUAGACAUUCUGUCGGCUGAAGCAGGCGAGUGCCACUCGGCCGCCAUCGACGUCGACGGCAACGUCUAUACGUGGGGCUUUGGUGGCUCGGGUGCGCUCGGACUCGGUUCGCUCGAUGACGCGCUCGUUCCGACGCGCGUGCCCGACGUGCGAGCGAUCGCGAUUGGCUGUGGCGCCUACCACACGGUCAUUGUGACGCCCGACGGCCGCGUCUUUGGUUGGGGCGAUGCGCUCGCAGGCCAGUUGAGUGACGCGGCCAUCGGUCUCGGCGAGAUGCAGAUGACCCCGAUGCACAUUCCGAUUCCCAAUGUCGCCGCCACGCACGUGAGCUGCGGCUCGUACACCACAGGCGUUAUCACUACGUCGGGCGAGGUGUACAACUGGGGCUCGCCCGAGGCAGCGAACGGCGCGCCGCUCUCCAAGCAAGAUGCCGUGCCACUCAAGGUCGACAUGCCCGACGGUGUCGCGUUUGGCGCCCUCUCUUGCGGGGCCUACCAGAUGAUUGCGGCGACGCGCGUGGCCACGUUCGCGUACGAGUCCGAGUGCUGGAUGUAA